AUGCUGGCGGCAGACAAUCUGGCUUCGUACGGAUCUCUGGCGCGAUUCAUGGAUAUUCGGCGCCUGGAGCGCGUAGGCGACAAUGUGGUGAUCGGUGCCAGUGGUGACAUGAGCGACUGGCAGAAUCUCAAACAUACUCUGAACAAGCUGAUUGAGAAAGAAGAGCUCGAGAACGACGGCCAUGCGCUGACUCCCGCGCAAGUGUACGCGUAUUUGUCGCGCACCAUGUACGAGAAGCGCUCCAAGAUGGACCCCCUUUGGAACGCGCUGGUGCUCGGAGGCUACGAUGCGAGAUCUUCCGAGCCUUUCUUGGGCUAUGUGGACUUGCUGGGAACGACCUACCAGAGCACGACGAUCGCCACCGGCUUUGGUCUCCACCUUGCUCAACCGAUGCUGCGCAAGGCUGUAGAGGGCCGCGAAGCUAGUCUGACCGAAGAAGAAGCGCGCUCUAUUUUGGAGGAAUGUAUGCGUGUGCUAUGUACGUCAUGCUUCUCACUUACCCCAGUCUACCGUGACGCGCGCAGUUUGAACCGUUUCCAAAUCGCUAAAAUCACGAAGGACGGCUCGCAUAUUUCUGAGCCAUACAGCGUCUCUACAGAGUGGGGAUUCGCCGAAGGUCUGCGUGGUUAUGGACCGCAGACACAAUAG